AUGCAUAUGCGCGAUCACUACAAGGACACGAAUCUAGACCCGGCGCUACUGACCUGCUCUAUCUGCAACAGGAGGAGCAAGCACCUCCGCGCCGCUCAGGCACACAUGAACUUCCAUAAACAAACUCGUUUCCAGAGCAAGGAUUACGAAUGUUCGAUAUGCAAGAGAGUGUUCCAGUAUCGGAAGGUGUACCUCUCGCAUAUGGCGAUACACUACAAGCGAGGCGAGAGCGCCAGAGACACUGUAGUCGGAGCGGAGAUGCCCAAUACAAUCGAUAGAAGGGUGUUCGACGGAACCUACAGCUGCCAUCUGUGCGGGAAGGUCUGCGACUCGAAAACCUCAUUGAAACACCACGUGAUCUGGCACAACUCGAAAACAUCUCUGUACGGCGCGCGACACCAGUGUGAUAUCUGUAAUUUGCAGUUCACCAACAAGAAACGGCUCGAGCUUCAUACCAGAUCGCAUUUCGAAGACGACAACGGACCUUUCAAGUGCCAUAUCUGUGGGAAGGGAUAUCUAGUCGAAGAUUACUUCAAGAGACACGUGAAGGGCCAUAAUUUUGACCAUCAGUCGCAUAAAAAGAGGAUAGAGAGGCUCAGGAAAGACAAAGUGAAAUGUCCGAUUUGCUCGCGAUACUAUCCAGACUUGGUGAAACUGAUUCGACACCUGAAACGGACCCAUCCGGAGAGCAAAAUGGUCAAACAGGAUCCAGACGCCCCGGCGCCUCGUUAUUAUUCUUGCAAGUUGUGUGCGAAGGUGUUCUUGGACGAACGGAGGUUGCAAUACCACGAGGAAGCCCAUCUCAGAAAGCCAGAGUUUUACAAAUGCAAGUUCUGUGGAAAGAAAACGAUCUCCCUGAAAAAUCAUAGGGUUCAUAUAAAGGGUCACUUGACGCAGAAGUAUAUCGAUAAUCCUCUGAAAUGUAGCCACUGCGAAGAAACAUUUACACGUGGCUAUGACCUUCAGUACCACCUCCGAGACGCUCACGGCGUCAACGAGACGUGGAUAGCAGAGCGCGGGGUGCAGACUCCCGACGGACCGCUCAAGGAGUUCCAAUGUUCCGUAUGCUUUAAAAUAUUGGCCAGCAAAGGAAACUUUGAAAGGCACAUCGACUAUCACAAUUCCCUCCGAUGCAAUUACUGUUUCGAGUACUUCAGUAGUUCCAGGUUUCUGGAAGGUCACCUCACCUUCAGCUGCGUUAAGAAGAAACUCCUCGGCGACUCCGAGAUCUACCCUAGGAAGGUCAAGUGCCAUAUAUGUUACAAGGCGUUCCAUUUGCAAGUCAAGUUAGAUUGUCAUUUGCGCACGCAGCACGAUAUAAGAACGUUCACAGAAACUUUCGUAGGGAAAAAGGAAAUCGUAUGCGAUUACUGUUUCAAAGUGUUUGAAAACGAAUACGCUCUCAGCAAUCACAAGAUCUACCAUCGAACUGUCGGGUACUAUGGCUGUAUAUACUGUAAUAGGAAAUUCAAUACUAUAACUCUGUAUAGGAAACAUAAAAAUCACCAUUUCUCUCAACUCAAUGUGGAUAAUCCCAUUAAAUGUGAACACUGCGAUGAAACGUUCGUAGCCUUCAGGAAGAUGAUCUACCACAUGAGGGACGUUCACGACGACAAUAAGGAGUGGAUUGUGCUACCGAAGGAAUCCAAAGAGGAGAAAUGCAACAUCUGUAACAAAACGUUCUUCAACCUUCACAGACAUCUGGACUAUCACGAGGAGAACAAGUGCCACAAGUGCGGGGAGUACUUCUACUCGCGGGCCGACUUCGACAACCAUCUCUGUGCCAUAGACAGCGAGGAGGAAGUCACCGAAACUAACACGAACGGUGACCGCAGCCCGUACGAGGAGUGCGCGUUCUGUUUCAAACCGGUCACCAAGAAAAAUUCAAAGAGAAUGCAUCUCCAGAUCCAUAGAGGAUCCGGCUCUAUAUCGUGUCGAUUCUGCGACCUCAAGUUCAAAACGAUGGACGCGUUCAACAUACACGCGUUUUCGCACAGAAGCAGAAAAUAUAAAACGAAACCCAUCAAAUGCAGGAAGUGCGGCGAACAGUUCGUCAAAUACGGCCCCUUCAUACGACACAUGAAGUUUGUUCACAAGUCAUUGAAGAAGCUCCACUACAGAGCGACCGUGAUGCCCGAACAGUGCGUCGUCUGCAAACAAGACUUCCCCAACCUACACAACCACUACCGAGCUCAUCUACAGAACCAGUGUCAUCUGUGUCUCAAGUACUUCACAUCAUCAAAGUUGUUUUCGUUGCACCAAUGCGACAAGGAGGACUCUGAUCCGACCAAAGUGUUCACAUGCGACGCUAACUUGACGGACCUCAUCAACACUUACGUACCCAAAGACGAAAAAGACGACGAGAAAUAUUACGGAUACGAAGACGAAGGCGAGAAUGUGGAUGAAAAAGUUAAUGAGAAAUCGGAAGUGACGUCACACGUGCCAUCUCAAGACGAGGACAGUCAGAGCUCUGUGAAUAUAGAGGAAAAGAAAUUACAUUCGUUGGUGCACGCGCCCAUUAUAUCAGACGUGCUGUCGCUGCACAAAAAUAAAUGUAGCAAUAAUACUAUUCACACAAAAUCAAACAAGAACAGCGUCAGUGAGAACGUCGUGGUGCUCACUGACGAAGACUCGGUGGAGUAUGAAUCUAAUGGAGCCUCCGUCAUCACAAUAGACUAA